CUUGGGCGUUGGGCGUUCAACUUUGAGCUCCCCUACUGUAUCCAUUCCUCCCAGGGCAUAGUUUACUCGGGAAGAGGAGAUUGGAUUGAGCUCAAUGUGUUCGAAACUAGAGAGUCGGACGUCGAGGAACGUAGUCAUCAUUGGUCAUUCUGGGGUGGGGAAAAGUUCACUCAUUAACAUGCUUUGCCCCUCGGCCGACGCUCCUGUAUCAAAUGACGUUUUCGGUUGCACAACGACAGAACGAGCGUACUUAUGUGACCUUGGGAGACAGCAAUCCUGUAUGGUACACGAUACAAUCGGUCUCGAAGAAGGGUCUUGGGGCUUCCUUUGGGCCCCGAAAGCAGAGAGGCGGCUCAAGUCAUACUUGAAGAAGAGCAAACCUCACCUUGUGGUGUACUGCAUGCCAGGAGUAAGACGCUAUUUGAAGAAAUCGUAUGGGCGAAGCUUUAAUAAAUUCAAGUCGAUGGCGGGAAAGGUGCCCAUUGUAGUGGUUGUCAACCACUUGGAGGAUUCCCGGCAUUCGGAAGACUGGUGGUCAGCCAAUCUGGAUGUACUCCGAAAAAUUGGUAUUCCGGAGUCUACUCAACAUGCGUGCGUCACCACCCUACCCGAGGUCGACUUCAUGUAUGAAAUCUAUGGUUCAUCCAAGCGUGGAAUCUAUGAUUCAUCCCGCGAGGCUGUCAAAGCCCUGAUCAUGAACAACCUUCCCCAAUACUAGAUGUGUAAUCUGAAGAAAACACUCGGGAGAAAGUUUGCAUAACAGAGAAAGAUACUGUCCCUCAUCUCACGAGGCAUUGCAGUCUUUCUCGAGACGUCGCAAGCCAGUUGGCUAGUAUGAGGUAGAUCAUGUAAGAGGAUACUUAUUUACUUUAACCCCUCUCUAUGCCUUAUGCUCAUCGGAUUGGACUUCGUCCUUGUCAAUGAUACGUUACACAUGAGUUGAUACAUACCCGUCGUACUAUAUAAUCCUAAUAUUAUGUCACAUCGCAAUCA